CCGAACGACAUCGCAGGCGACGGACUUUCCCGUCGCUCGAAAAAGUGUGCCAGGAGCGCGAGGGCGUGCGCGCCUUGACUUAGCGAGCAGUCUUAUUAGCGUACGUUGUAGUAAGCGGUUGCCCGUCGACACCAACCUUCACGCAGCGCUUUAGUCAGCGUGCUUUGAAUCUCCUGAUUUCGUCGCAACUCUGCGGCGCUCAAUCGGAAGACCGCGUUCCAGAGACAGUUCGCAAACAGCCCACCCUCUUGGUCUCGAUUUCUUAAAACUUUUUUUUCCCCCAAGUGUACCGUACGCCAUUCAAACAAGAGCGUUCUCCCUGUAUUUGCGUUUCCAACAACGCUGUCGUUACUACUCAGCGCUUUCAACAGGUGUACUUUAUUUACAUUUUUUUUCCUGGGUGAAGAGUAAGAGGAACCGAACGAGACAGUGUGACAUCGUCUCCGUGGUACUGGUGAAAGAAUUCCUCCACGGCUUCUGACAUUACCGGCAAAGUCGAGGUUCCGGACCCCAAGAUCGGCGUCGUCGGCUGUCGAUGACGCUUCCAGGGCGUCCACCUUGAAGGGGACAGAAAAGACUCGAGAAGAAAAAAAAAAAUACUUCCGUAUUGGUGGAAGAAGCGGUGACGCGCCGUAUAAGCGUGGAGUAGCCGGCGGCUGUUAUGCCGGCGACCUCCUCGACGUUGUUACGGCUUCGCAGUGCGGUGACGUUGAUACUGUUGUUGGUGUUGCCGGAAUUUUCGUGGAUUAACAAUGCCGUCCUGGCUGAGACGACGAGGGAGUCCGUGCCAGUGAUCAAGGGCGAGCGUGGCCAGGACACGUGGCUGCCGUGCGACGUGGACUCGGAGCACGAUGACAGCCCUGCCAAGGUGCUGUGGUACGCACCGGCGACGGCCGCCAACGCCAGCGGCGGCGAGCGCACACCCUUCUACAUGGUGGAGGACACGCAGCGGCGGGGCAUCUGGAACGGACAGCAUGCCAUCGGGGUCCACUGGGCCGGCCGGGCCUCCUUUUCGGUGUCGCGGUCGCCGGCCGCGCUGCGGUUGUCGCGGCUAGAGCUCUCCGACUCCGGCGCCUACCUGUGCACGGUGGCCUUCCAUGGCGGGGCGCAGCGAAACGCCACUGUGCGGCUCGUCGUGGGCGUGGCGCCCAGUGUACCUGUGAUCAUGACCUCAGCAGGCACUGUGGUUGAAGGCACCAUCGGACCAUUCAUGAUUGGCGAGUCACUCAGUCUCGUCUGCUUAGUAGAGAAAGGUGUACCGGUACCAACGGUGACGUGGCGACGCGACGGUGCCGAGUUGAUGCGCGAGACGGACCCGGGCUCGCGCGACCUCGACGGCGUGGUGCGCAGCUCCGUCGUCAUCGACACCCUGACACGCGACGACCUACUCAUGGAGCUUAGCUGCGAGACCAGCAACAUCAUUGGCGGACCUUUCGAGGCCUCCGUGCUCGUCGACCUGACGCUACCACCCGUAUCGGUGAAAAUACUCGGCACACACCGGACCUUUGAAGUCGACGUCUCCGCAGAGUUCCGCUGCGAAGUUGUCGGAUCGAGGCCCCCGCCAAAGGUGUCAUGGUGGCUGGACGAAGAGCGCUUGGAGCCGUUCCUGACUGAGGAGAAGGCCAACUCGACGACCACGUCGCUGCUACUCGUGCUGACGGCACGCGCUGACAAGGCCACGCUCACCUGCCGCGCGCUGAACACGCGGCUGCCGGGAGAGCUGUGGGAGGACACACUGCUGCUCAACGUCUACCACGCGCCCCACGCGAGUCUGUCGCUGGGCCAAGGGCUGCACCUGGAGCGCAUCCACGAAGGACAGGACGUGUACCUGGAGUGCGCCAUCCGGGCCAACCCGUGGAUCAGCGACGUCCUCUGGACGCUGGACGGCGAGCCGCUAGAAGACGGCGCCCUCACCGCCGCGCACAAUUCUUCUUCUUCCUCCUCAACGGCGGCGGGCCCCGUGUCGGCCGCGUCGUCCGGAGGCGCGGGAGCGGGUCUCACCCCGCUGCCGCAGACUCACGUACUCCUGCAGGAGCAGUACCUGGUGCUGCGCAACGUCACGUCCAAGUUCACCGGCAGCUACGCCUGUCACGUCCGCAGCGCGAGGGGCGAAGCUGUCAGCAACUCACUCGACCUCCGCGUCCAGUAUGCGCCACGCUGCAGAAAAGGGAUGCAGGAAGUGUUCCGGUACUCGACGUCUCGCGAGGAGCUCCUCAUCCCGUGCGAGAUGGACUCCGACCCAGAAGACCUCACCUUCCACUGGGUCAUGAAGAACAACUCAGAGGUGCGAGACCUUCUGACAUUCACGACUAACGGUAGCCGGAGCGUGGCUCGCUACAAGCCAGCCGUCGCCACCGAGUUCGUGUCGCUUCUAUGCUGGGCGAACAACUCUGUGGGAUCGCAGAAGCAACCCUGCACCUACUUCGUUGAACCACACGGUGCCCCGAAGGCGCUGUCCGGUUGCUCGGUGGUGAACCAGGCGAUGACGUGGUUCUUCGUGCGCUGCUCCGAAGACGACUCCGAGGACCGGCCGGUGGGCCAGGAGUGGUACCUGCUGGAAGUGUUCCACGCGGACACGGGCGCCCCAUUGGGCAACGUGAGCGCCCGGGGCCGGCCCGUGUUCCACGUGGAUGACAUCCCGCCGGCCACCGAGUGCCUGGCCCUCGCCUACGCCGUCAACGAGCGAGGAGGACGCUCGGAGCCGGCGCGCGUCGUCGUGCAGGCCAUACCGCCGCCUUCCAAACUGCUCACCAGCGGAGCCGUGCCGUCCGAGGGGAAGAGCACGACGCACCUGCUGUCGCUCACCGUCCUUCUGUUGCUGCUAAGGCAGGCCUCGUUAGCGUGUGCGUCCGGAUUAUCAUCCAAAUGUCACUACAGUUGUCUGGACAUCAGGUGAUCGACGUCGGCCCAGAUAAGCAACAUCGCGAGGCGCCUCUAUCCACAAGGAACCAAGCCAAGGAACAAAAAACGGGGGCAAGCGUCGCCCCAUCACGACGACACCGCCAGCCGCCGUUCGUCGCGUAUAUCAAGAGUCGUUCGCUGAGCCCGUAUAGAGAUGCUAUAGGAGAGAAACGGCGACACACACUGCGAUGGUGACCCGUGCCUAGAAAAGAAAGUCCGUGACCAGCGCGCUCGACGCCGUCUCAGAACUAUGUUGUGUGCCUUAUACGGGGUUCGGAGGACGCCGCGCUGUGAUUGGUGCGGGCCUGGCGGUGUAUGUGUGUGUGUCUGUGUUCUGAUCAUCUAUGUUUUCUUUUCUCCGUUGUUUUUUCUCUCUCUCUUUAUUCCGAGUGUUCAGGACUUGUGAACUGUCACUGAUGCCUUUAAUCAGUAAUGGGAUCAGUGACAUGAACCCAUAUCGCACCGGGGCGUCUGCAGCGGUAAAUAGAAUGCGAUGCGCAGAGAAGCGGUGUAGUCGAGAGUUCGACGGAAUACCGUCUGCUAAGGUAAAGGCGUUGGUAAUAAGCAGGUCACUAAACAAUAGAUGGAUGGACGGAAAAACUUUACUAUGGUCCCUCGGAACGCGCUUUAACACGUUGCGGGCCGCUCCCACGUCGGAACAGAAAGAGCAAGUCUCUCUGCUGCGUCGCGGCCCGUUGGACUGCCCAUAGCUUUGUCGAAAUAAAAUAAAAUGACGUUUCGGGAUCCAUACAGAUCCCUUGUUGACAUUGAUACCGAAACGUCAUUUUAUUUUAUUGUGAUAGUAGCCAGUGAGUUGCUUAUUAACGCAAGCGGUGUGAUACGAAGGGCACCACCUCAACCUGCGGUGAGGUGGCGAGUAUGUUUCUCGAAUAAAUAACCGACGUUGAAGGUGCUCCGUUUGUAGCCUUCAGCAUAAGGUCUGCCAAGCAAAUUACGGUGGUUGCAUCCGAGAAAGAAAUGUAAGAUGUCUAUAGAAGUAAUUGUUGGCCAGUUAUGGCGAGGAUGACAGUGCCAUCGCUGUGAAUCACGUCAUUCGUGUGAUGCGAGCCGUUCUACGCUCGAUAUGCGAAGUCAUGCAGAUGUAAGUGAGUGUUCAAGAUGAUCAUUUGUAAUCGCUUGCUGAGGUCCUCGGCAAAUGCACUCGAAAUGCAUAGUUAUGAGCGGCCAUAAAAACGGUAAUAACAAUAAUAAUUGUUGGGGUGUAACGUCCCAAAACCACGAUAUGAUUAUGAGGGACGCCGUAGUGCAGGGCUCCGGAAAUUUCUACCACCUGGGGUUCUUUAACGUGCACCUGCAUCUAAGUACACGGGCCUCAACGGCCCGUGUACUUGGAUUUAGAAAAACGGAAUGCUAGUCAUCUUAAGUUUUGACGCUAUUUGCUUCACGUUGAUAUCGUGUGAUAUCGGAGUCCUCUAGUGACUUGAAACAAACAAUCUGUGUACGCUCAAGAAUGCUGUAUGUGCAUCGCUGCUUUGAAUAUGUAGAAGGCCAAAUGAAAAAAAAAAAACAGAAAGAGUUGAGAGAUACGAAGGAGAUAGAAGAUACGAAUAUACAUCUGCAUAUACCGUAAGGAUAAGUGGUUGGGUAUUGUCACGUUGUUCGGGACCGUUAUCGAGCGUUUGAAUUUAUGUUUUGUUAGGUUUUCGACCGGUCGCUUUGAAGAAACAGACAGCGCGCACCUACGCUCCCGUUCUUCCCAAACUGGGAACAACGCAUAACAACGUCAAGAACCGCUGUCUUUUAUUUCGCUCCUCAUUGGUCUAUUCUUAACGUUAAAUCAUUUCACACCCUGGGUGCUCAGUUUCGAGGCAUUAAUUAAUGCAUACCACAAAUGCGUGUUUUAGAUGCGAAGCAUCUUAUGGCGGAGUUCAAUCCGGUGGUGGUGUGCGGCGUGACCACCCUUACUGCGCAUGUGCAAACCCUCUCCACACACUUUCUCUCCACUCGCCCUCUCCCCUUCUCCACUCCCGCUCCUCCUCUCCACUUCCCCUAUGAAACGCGGGCUCGACAUGCCGAAACGCUGCUUCGCAUUGCCUCAUGGUCCCCUUUAGCGGGAGAUGGUGUAAUUUUUUGUUUGUUUUCUUUCUAGUUGCACUUAAAGGCACUGUGUUUGAGUAACGCCCAGCGAAUUUGUUGCUGAAUAAUGUAUUAAUUUCGUAAGCCAUCGAUUAUCCACGCACACAACAACAGAGAAGGUGUACAAUGUCGCGUGCUGCGUUCGGAAAGGAACACAAAAGCUUCUAAUGUUAAAUCGAUAGUCUAGUCAAUAAUAUAUGCGCAUCCAUGAAACGAGGCUCCUCGGGAAAUCGGUCACACCGCGAGAACUUAGCGCUCACGUGAAUAUCGAAGGAGCUUACGUUUCCUUUUUUUUUCUGUUGUGUCUGUGCGCUGAUAAUGAACGAUCUGCCAUUUUGUAAAUCGUCCAUGGGGAUAUGGCAAAGUGGCUUACAUUCGUGCUUUGCUGUUAGUCACUCACUUAAAUAGAAAGCGGCUCGACAAAUCUGGUCCUUGCAGUUUUUGUUUACACCAGGCGGCGUUUGCGAACGCCGUAGCCGCAGAUUGUUGAAUAUGUUCGCAGUUGGCACCAUCAAACGUUCUAUAUACCUACUGCACCGCAUUCGCGCGUAUGACGGUUUGCGCGAAGCCCCAAGUUUUGACGCACUGCUGCGGUCGAUGAUGAUAACGAGGCCGCGUAAUAAAAGCCGGGUCCCUGCUUAACGUAUAAAAAUAGUUAUGUAGCCUAACUAUUCAGUAAGCGACGCUGGCACACCGUCGCUACAAUGACCAAAACAGCUCUGCGUUCUAUUGUGCCAGACACACAAAGCGUGCUCUCGAUGCAAUCACAAAACUUAACGUAGAGUAGAUUAUGCUGUUAUAUUAUCCUGCAUUUCCCGUGUACAGUGUUCGCGUUUUCGAGAGAAUAAGAACGUUGUUUCGUACGAGAUUUUGCCGUUUGCCUGUUGAAAGGUGAUAAAGAGAUUAGUUUCUUGCAUUUCGAUGCGCUUGCGCGGUUUCGUGCGUGCUUACCUCGAACGCGCUUGAGUAAGCACAGUGUGUUAUAUGAAGCCAUUCGCUUACUGCAGUUUAUUAAAGCGUGAAAACUACCUCUCGGGAAAGUCCCUGAAGGAGCGCCGACAUUUCUUUCGCAUUUAACCAUCACCGGCGGCUUCAAAACGGCGCGAUGCUCAUCUCUGAAUGGCGUGAGUCUCGCUGAGUGCGCACUUUGAAGUGUUGCUCAGUACAGAGUUGAACAGUGGCUGUUCGCCCUAUCCGUUCAGAUGUUGAUGUGUGUUCGAGCGUCGCUUAUUCAAAUACUAUCGACGAGCCCACUGCGUCGAUGACAGGAGGAAAUGAAACACAAACACACUGAACGUUUGCCGUGAAAUCUCGUGGACAUAGUGCUGUGCAUCUGUUCUGUAGCCCCACGCGCGAAUAAUAUAUCUCGAGAAAUGGUGGCGUGAUCGCGUUGUGUGCGAGUGAAUGCCUGCGUGAAUGCACGAAUGUAUACACAUGGUGGGGGCGUUUAUGGACGCACGACAUUGCUGUUUGCCCACCGAGAACUCUCAAAACGCCGCGUACUGUGUGUGUAUCUUCAAGAAACAAAAAAAAAAAGAAAGAUGAAUAUAAUAAAAAGAUUACGGAGCAU